AUGUCCGCCAAGUCAAAAAUCGCGCGUCAAGGUCGCGGAGCGAGGGCGGAGAAGCCAAGCGCAACUUCGUCUGUGGGUACUAAUGCUAGUACCCCGCAGAUUACAGCGACUUCGCAAACAUCACGCUUUCAUGUGGAUACGCUAUCUACGCUUGCGAAAGAGAUAGACCUCAAGGACGUCAAUAUAACCGUUGGCGAUCACGAGAUACUGGUUGACGCGCAUCUGCGGUUGAAGGAGAGCGUACACUACGGUUUGGUCGGCAGGAAUGGAGAGGGCAAGACGACGUUGUUAAGAGCUAUCGCGGACAAGGUCAUCCCCGGCAUUCCCGAGAACCUGCGUAUCUUGCUCGCAGGGCAAGUCGAGUCUGCGCUGGGCGAAAUAAAUGGGAAGGUCGACGAGCUGACGGUAUUGCAAGUCGUGGUCAAAAGCGAUAGGAAGCGAGAGGCAGCGCUUAAGGAGUACACCAUCUUGGAGUCGGUCGCAACGCCUGAAGACGCUGGUCGCGCUAUAGCGGAGGUCAAUCUCGAGCGUGCGCGUGCGCAACUGACUGUAGCGCGCAAGGUCGCAGACCGAAGAAGCGGUGCGAGGGGCGCAGAAGCCCGUAAAGUGCUCCUGGCGGCCGAGGCAGGCUUCAAGGAGGCAGAGGGAAGAGUUAUUUCCCCUGCUCGUGACGCGGAUACGCUCGUGGUAGCGCACGCCAUGCUGGAGGAGGUAAAGGACGCGUUGUACGCGCUGGGCUCUGACUCCACAGAGGCCAAGGCGCGCAAGAUCCUGCUCGGAUUGGGUUUCCGCGCGGAUCAGCUCGACGCGCCGUUCACGACACUCAGCGGUGGGUGGCGAUCGCGCUGCUCGCUUGCAAGCGUCCUACUGCAAGAGCCUGACAUCCUUAUCCUCGACGAACCGACCAAUUACCUGGACAUCCCCGCUAUCAUCUGGCUUCAAAAGCACAUUGUCAGCCUUGACGAGACCACGGUGAUCAUCGUCGCGCACGACCGCGCGUUUCUGGAUGAGGCAACGGAAGAGACAAUUUUCCUGCGCAGCAAAGCUUUGACUUACUUUGAAGGUUCCAUCUCAGCAGCUCAGAGAGCGAUUGCCAAGAAGCGCAAGGGCGCUAUCCGUGCGCGCGACGCACUAGAGAAGAAGCGGAUCGCGGUCGAGAAGAGCAUCGCGCACGGCGCGAAGAUUGCGAGGGAGACGGGCGAUGAAAACAAGGCGCGAAUGGUGAAGGCUCGGCAGAAGAAGCUCGAUGAGCGGUGGGGCGCAGAGGUGAAUGAGAAGGGUCAUAGAUUCAAGCUCAACCGGGAUAUGCAAGGUUUCCAUACUGCGAGGCGCGCUGACAUCGUUGUCGACUCGCUUGAUCCCGCCAUAACCCUCCCCUUCAUCAACCCCGAGCCCCUGCGCUUUCCCGGCUCCUUAUGCUCUCUGUCGAACGUCUCGUUCCGCUAUGGACCGCGCCUACCUUAUGUACUGAAGGCCGUGACGCUAACAGUGCACCCGGGCGACCGCAUCGGGCUCGUCGGCAAAAAUGGAGAGGGCAAGUCAACGUUGGUGAAGCUGCUCGUAGGUGAAUUGCAGCCGACGCGGGGGGAAGUGACCAGGCAUCCAAGGUUGACGCUAGGGUACUAUUCACAACACUCGGUUGAGCAGCUCUCGCGCCCGGAGAUGGGCCAGAAAUCGGCAUUGCGAUACUUCAUGGAGGAGAUGCGAGCGGCGCACAACAUCGAUGUCGAUGAGCAGACCUCGCGCGCGUUCUUGGGAAGCUUUGGGCUCCAUGGCAAGACUGCGACCAUUUCCGUCGGGAUGCUCUCUGGCGGGCAGAAGGUGCGACUUGCACUGGCCUUGUUGGUUUACCCUGCACCUCACCUGCUCGUGCUCGAUGAAGUGUCUACACAUCUGGACAUGGACACAACCGCGGCGCUCAUCAAAGCUCUGCGGGCCUUCAAGGGGGCUGUCGUACUUGUCAGCCAUGAUCGUCAUCUCGUUCACUGCGUUGUCGAGGGCGGGCGUAUCCUCCCCAAGGAUGAAGGCGAUAGUGAUGCUAGCGACGAAGAAGAAGAGGCGGAGCCUCCUCCGGGUGGGGUCUAUCGGGUUGGUCCAAGAGGAGAGGUCAAGCGCUUGAGGGGGAGCAUUACCGAGGUCCGUACCUCCUAUUUGUUUGGUCUGUCUAACAUUGUCCUGAUAUUUGACUUUACAGUACACUGGGAGAAGUGCUUGAAGUGUUGUCGCCCAUCUGCUAUCCACCUCUUCACCCUGUACAGACUUGUACUGAUGUGGUCACCGUACAUGCGAAUCAUGAAAUACAAUGUUGCUAAUUCUCACGAGCAGGAAAUGGUCUAUGUGUGGGGUAAUGGUGAUACGCGACAGAGGACGACCAGUGUGAAGUUGGUUGUGCCAAGAGAAGGCCAAAAAUCUACACCGGACGGGAAUCGAACCCGUGCCGCUUGCUUACUAAUCAGCGAGUUCGAAUCCCGCUUGAAUGGAAGGCAAGCAUGA